AUGUCGGCAUCAAGACUCAGAACUGUCUCUCAAGUCUGGCCUCCAUGGCUACCAGGCGCUCUCACAGGGGUAGAACACCACCUUUCAAGUUCUCAGGCAGCCCUCCCAUCCCUCAUCUUCUCCGCCUCGUUCAAAGCCCUCUCUACCACAUCACCAAAUACCCUGCAAUCCGUCCCAAAACCAAAAUCCAUGAGAAGAACAAGACCUAACCGUCUAUCCCGCCCAGCAGCCUCUCUCACCAACCACACAAUCCCCAGCUCAUUCUUUCGCCAACAGCCUCAGUACAGCCAGCAAAUCCGGGCCUACUCAAACACAAGCUCAAACCUCAACAACAGCAAGCAGCAAAAUCGACCUUUCACAACAUCACCACACUCUACCGCCACUCACCAAACACAAGUGAGACUCCCUUCCGCCCUAAAGCCAUCGGCGCCAGUACCAGCAUGGGCACCACCACCCUCCAUCAAAGAAAAGCCCAUCGCCAUCCUCGGCGCUGGCGUCCUCGGCCGUCGCUUGGCAGUCCUCUGGGCAUCAAAAUCCCGCUCCGUAACACUUUACGAUAACUCUCCCUCAGCUCUGAAAUCCUCACGGUCAUACAUCGCCGACUCACUCGCCAAUAACUGCUUUUCGCAGGGCACACACCCGGGCCACGUCUCUUUCAGUUCCAAACUCGAAAAUGCAGUUCAAGACGCCUGGAUGGUGAUCGAAUGCGUGCCUGAGGAUCUCGAUCUCAAAACUAGUCUACUCGGUCAGGUUGAUAGACUUGUUGGGAAAGAUGUUCUGAUUGCGACGAAUAGCGCGGGAUUUAGGAGUGCUGAGUUGGUUGCUGAGGUAGUUCAUAAGGAGAGGGUAUUGAAUACGUUGUAUUAUAUUCCGCCGCGGAAUAAGUGCGUCGAGAUAUUGAGUUGUGGAUAUACGUCACCUAGCAUCAUCUCUUUCCUCGUUGAGGAACUCCUGGAUAUCGGACUCCGCCCGAUUGUGGUACCGGAUCGUGUGGGCAACGGGAUUUUGAACAAAGGGUUAAUCCUCCCUCGAAUUUGGGGAGCCAUGAAGAAGGAGACGUUGACGGUGUUGAGUGAAGGUGCUGCGUCCCCAGAGGAGGUGGAUAUGCUGUUUAGGGAUUUCUUUGGGGCGGAGAGGGGGCCGUGUGAGAUGAUGGAUGAGGUGGGGUUGGAUACUGUUCUCAAGAGUGAGAGGAGUAAGUUGCCGAAUAUGAGGGAUGGAGACUGCUUUUGGGGUGCGAGGGGGGAGCAGCAUGUUGAGUGGUUGAAUAAAGAGUUUGUGAAGAGGGGAAAGCUGGGGGUUAAGAGUGGAGAGGGACUAGUUGUUAAGAAGAGGAGGGGUAUGCAGGUGAAGAGAGUGAAGGAGGAUAUCGCCGGUCGAGAGGUUUGGAAAGAGCACCCUGUUCAUAUGUCGGGACUAUAA